CCACUUCGCUAGUCCCGGGCAUGUGGCGAAAUGCUAUACCCUCGGAAUAGGCCAAGGUGGCAUUUGCAAAGUCUGCGAUACGCGUUACUGCGAGGGAGAUGGGACAAAGCGUGUCUACCAACAACACUGCAGAUCAGAGGACCACCUUGAUGAGUGCGAGAUGCGACCAAAUGUCGUCCUUCCCGCAAAAGAAGUCCCAGUUACCCCUGAUAAAACCAAAUAUUGUAUCAAGUGCGACAGGGAAAUCUCCUCGGAUAAUUGGGAGACACACUCUGUGGGGAGGCCGCAUCAGCGUGCAGAAGAGUUCUAUACUCUCAGGCAGAAGCUGGAAGUGGAAGCUCCUCGCAACUUUGAUGUCACCAUCGACUAUGGGAUUAUCGAGCCCAAGAAGACAACUGACAUUGCCAUCCACCUCCGUCUUACGGUUCCCGGAAGCGUUAGACUUCUGGACUUUCGGAUGGACUCCGCGAGUGGGAAGCAUAUUUUCUCCAAGGAAACCCACUUCAAGCCGGAGACUUGGAGAGGGGUGAUACAUUAUGGGGAGUCCCAUGGUUUCUUACUUCAGUUCAACUCGCAUGGUGUUGUUGGCAAAUUCGAAGAUCGCGCGAUCCUGGAAUUCAUCAAUGAUGACGGCGUCCAAUUCCAUGUUGUAAAGGACGUCGUGGCCCAGGUAGGGAAUCGUGAAGAGCUGGAAUCGCUGGCGCCGAAGGAGAAAUACAAACCCCCACCAGUGCGGGAUCCAGAAGAACUGCGAUCCGUAAUCAUGCCUGCGCCUGAGGAAAAGCCCAAGGGGCCAAAACCCGAAGUCUCUCUUAAGCAAUUUUCUGUCCCUCCUGCCCUUCGACAUCUUCUCCGGAUGGAAAGGAAUCCGUUGUUGUUACGUCAUGCGUUCCGUAAUGACUUCCUGCCAGUCGGACAAUUCGAGCUUGAGGCAUCGGACUUGGAAUUGGGCUCGGAGUCCGCAGAGGUGAUUCCAGAUCUAGACAUAGUUAGGGGAUUAGAUGUGACGACGUACCCGCAACUCUGGUCAUCUUUGCUUCAUGUUGAGGAGGUAGUUCUACAGCUCGAUAUUACUCGUUACGAUAUGGACUCACAAUUCUUGGAGUCACGCGGCGACAAGUACAUGGUCAUCGUUCCUGGACUUUUGGAAAAACGCCCGUCCAUCAUUCUUGGCGAUCUGAUCGAGGUUCGCAAGAUGAACCACCCUUCCGGCCCAUGGUUUCAAGGAAGAGUGGAGGAGGUGGAGCGUGAGCGCGUGCAUCUCAAAUUUCACGAGAAUUUUGGGCGGCAGCAUAUCGAGGGGAUGCAAUACGAAGUCCAUUUCAAGCUCAACAGAUCUUCCCUUCGCCGCAUGCAUCAAGCCAUGAGUAUUCAAGUGCAUGAUACCCGUUUGAUAUAUCCUGCGAUCAAUCACGUUUAUGGGCAUGUUCCCGAACUCCCAUCACCCGGGUGGUUCAAUCGCGACAUCCAGAACAAUCUAGCUCAACAGAGGGCAGUUCUGAUGGUUAUGUAUGCACCAAGAGAUAGCAUACCCUUAUUGAUCCAUGGGCCGCCAGGGACGGGAAAGACAAUUGCUGUGGUGGAAAGCGUCCUCCAGUGUCUUCAGUUGCGCCCGGAUUCCAGGAUACUUGUUUGCGCUCCAAGCAACCCUGCUGCCGAUUUAAUUGUUACCCGGCUAAAAAAACAUCUCAAGAAAUCGGUUAUGUUCCGUUUGAAUGCGCUUGCACGCCCCAUCCUUGAGGUUCGAACCGAUAUCCAAGAAUAUUCGAAGAUGAAUGCAGGAAGAUUCGAGGUACCCCCAUUAGAGGAACUCAAAAAGUUUCGCGUGAUUGUCUCGACUUGUAUCUCUGCUUCACGAUUAUACGCUGUUGGAAUGACAAAGGAUCACUUCGAGUGGAUAUUCGUUGACGAAGCUGCCCAAGGCUUUGAACCUGAAGUGAUGGUGCCAUUGCGAACACUCGCUGGAUCACAUACGCGGGUUAUCCUUUCGGGUGACCCCCUGCAGCUCGGACCCAUCGUGAGGUCUUUCCUCGGUCGCAGGUUUGGCUUGGAACGGAGUUUGUUUGAACGGUUGAUUGCGAUGCCUCCGUACGAUGUUGAGGAAUAUACCGGCCGCACCAUCGUUACCCUUUCACAAAACUAUCGCAGUCAUCCUGCCAUCCUUAAAUUUCCAAGCGAUCAAUUUUAUGGAAAGAAGCUCGAAGCAUGCGGGGAUCCGUUAGUGACUCAAUGCCUGUCCCAAUGGUCAGAGUUACCCAAAAGUGGCUUCCCGAUUAUCUUCCAUGCUGUAAAAGGUGAAGACAAGCGUGAAGGAAGAUCCCCUUCGUGGUUCAAUCCGACUGAGGUGUCCGUCGUUGUCGGGUGGGUGAAGAAAUUGAGGCUGGAGAAGCAGAUGAGAAGCGAUGAUUAUAUUGGAGUUAUCUCCCCAUACAAGGCGCAAUGCCAGAAAAUUCGAACCAUAAUUAAUUCACCCUUGCUCAAAGGCAACCGCACCGGCAAGUUGAGGGUUGAUAGUGUAGAGGGCUUCCAGGGACAGGAACGGCGGGCGAUCAUUAUCUCUUGUGUUCGAAGCAACACAAAUUAUGUUAAGGAGGACAUGCGAGCAUCGCUUGGAUUCGUAGCUAAUCAAGCACGGUUCAACGUGGCCGUCACUCGGGCGCAGGCGCUCCUGAUCGUAGUCGGCGACCCUGUCGUACUGUCCUUAGACCCAUUAUGGCGCUCGUUCAUGGAUUACGUGCACGAGAACGGGGGCUGGACCGGCAUGAAGAAAGACUGGGGAGGACACGCACCUCGCACUACGGGCCUUCCCGACUUCCUCCAAGCAAGAAAGCAGGAUGACUCCCUUCCGACAGCCGAAUUACACGAGGACCAACUUAACGGGACCGAUGCAGAACAAUUUGCCGCCGCGGAAGCGUUGCGGGCGGAAGAGUAUCAUCCCAACGUUUGGACGGAACGUGAAUGAAGCAACCCGAGGGUUCUUGAAGUACAUGUAGUUGCAAUUGCUUACAGGCGACACCUCCAGCUACACUCUUGUGUUUAUGAAAAUUGGGAGAAUUAUAUCAUUAAUCUAUGGGUGAAAAGGGAUUCCGUCCCCUCGUAGGAGCGGUUAUUAU